UCACACAGUUACUCAUAAAUCACAACUUUGUAGUUUGUCGCAUUUUUUUCUUGCGUCCCAAACAAGCCAUGCGGAUUAGCUGCAAUGGAUGUCGGGUCCUUCGAAAGGGCUGCACCAACAACUGCUCCAUUCGACCUUGCCUCGAUUGGAUUACCUCCCCUGAAUCCCAAUCCAACGCCAUCCUCUUCCUCACCAAGUUCUACGGCCGCGCCGGCCUCAUCAACCUCAUCAAUGCCGGCCCCGACCACCUACGUCCAGGGAUAUUCAAAUCUUUGCUCUACGAAGCAUGCGGUCGGGUGAUGAACCCGGUAUACGGAGCUGCCGGGUUGAUGUGUACUGGUAGGUGGAUUGAAUGUGAGGCAGCUGUUAAGGCCGUGAUGGAAGGGAAGCCAAUCAAGCCAGUCUCGUCGGACGCGGCUCUGACAGGGUGCGAUAUUCGACAUGUGUCGAAAGAAGUGAGCUCUGCUACUUCUGAUCGGCUUCGCGAAGUUAGCAAGUGUAAGGGCAGGUUCAAGAAAUUAGCUCCUAAAGCAAAGAGGAUACCAGAAGGAUGUGCGUUACUUGGAUUCGUCACCGAUUCGUCGGGUUUCAAUGGCUCAGUGAGUGGGGGACCGAGUUCGGGGGUAGAAAGCGGAGAAGGCGAUAGCAGCGUUUCUGUAGAGACUCUGGAGGUUUUUCUGGGGAUGGGCAAGACAAUUGAACGGGCCGGACGUGGAGAGUUGGAUUUAGAACUGACUUUGGGCUUUGGCCCUCCUGUUUAAACUUGUUUCAUUGGCCAUUUGGCCUAGCUUAGUGAGAUUAGGUGGUGUAAAUUGUAGAGAGAGGGAGGGAUUAUAGGAAGAGUAGCGAAUGCUAACUCUGUAAUUUUACUUGCCAAUCCGCAUUCUAGAAAUAAUUAAAGCUUCAAUCAAUUAACACUA